CACACACAAACACACACACACACACCCCAUCCUCCUCCUCCUCGGUGGAUGGAGGUGAUAUUAACGGGAGAGCUUCAUCAUCUUCAUCAUCCUCAUCCUCUCCUCCUCCUCCAGCACCACGGUGCACCGUCGUCAUCCUCAUCCUCAUCACCGGAGCAGCAGCAGCAGCAUCUUCUCUCCGUGCAGGUUUGAAAAGUUGAGGAGAGAGGAUCCGUCGACCGGGGACCAUCAUCUCUCUCCGCUCGGAUCCGGUGCUCAUUGUCAUUACGAUUUGAAUUUGAGGGGAUUCAUUGCGUCUGUAGCGGAUCACCGACACUGCUCGUCGGGACGGACUCCCGCGGCGCACACGGAUCGAUAUCGGGAUUUCAUGACGUCGGACAAACGAAAACUCCGCUGACUCGUUCGUCUCCCAUCAGAACGGACCGUCCCGGAGGAACCGACCCUGAGGAACCGACCCGGAGGAACCGACCAAGAGGAACCGACUCAGAGGAACCGACUCAGAGGAACCGACCAAGAGGAACCGACCCAGAGGAACAGACCCAAAGGAACCGACCCAGAGGAACAGACCCAGAGGAACAGACCCAAAGGAACCGACCCGGAGGAACCGACCGAAAGGAACCGACCCGGAGGAACCGACCGAAAGGAACCGACCCGGAGGAACCGACUCAGAGGAACCGACCCAGAGGAGGAACCGACCCAGAGGAGGAACCGACCCGGAGGAACCGACCCGGAGGAACCGACCCAGAGGAGGAACCGACCCGGAGGAACCGACCCGGAGGAGGAACAGACCCAGAGGAACAGACCCGGAGGAACCGACCGAAAGGAACCGACCCAGAGGAACAGACCCGGAGGAACCGACCCAGCGGACAAGUCCCCGGAGUCAAUCCGGUUACUUCAGCGCUGCGUAACGAUCCGACGCGUCGCUCGGACUGAUCUGGUUCCGCGGACGGAUCCGUCGUUAAGGGUGUGAACGGAUUGAGAUUGUGAAUCGUUUUGGGUCCGUGUCUCCCUCCAUCAGCUCGGGUGGUUCCCGAAGCUCCGUGCUGGACGUGAACGACCCGGAGAGAGAGACCGGAUUACCCCUGAAGGCAUCACGAGGCGAAUCUGAUCCGAAUUAAAAAGCUUGAAAACGGUUUCAUGUGAAGAAGAAAAAAUCAAUGGAUCAAAUUCAUUCUGCGGAUGUUCAGGAAGUUCUUCAUUAUUAAAGAUAAAGAUCCAGUGACUAAAACCAAAACUUUAGUCUUCACAAACUGAAACCAAACUUUUACAGUCCAGAUCAUAAAUUCCUGUGAAUUUCUCUGCAAAAAAUACAAAAUUUGAAUCUUUUAAUCUUUUAUUUCACCCCUCAUAUUCUACAAUAAUAUGAUGUGAAACGGAAAAAGUACUGACUCCUGUAAUUGCGGCGCAGCUGUGGCUCCUAAUAACUGACCCCUGACGUGCUGUGAGGUACUUUAAUAUCCCACUGUAUAAUAAUAAUAAUAAUCCUGUAAUAGUCCAACAGGGGGAUUAUUACUGCAGCUCUGGAGCAACGUUUAACUCUGAAGGAAUCAACUUUACGACGACCUGGGGGUGGAAAAAAAACCUGCUGCGUUAGUUUUCAACAUCGUUAGUGACGUUUCACGACGAGGAUUCCCACAAAGGCUAAACAGCGAAAUAUGAUUUUGAGCGUCUGCGGUUCAAAGCUGUGAACGUCUAUGGAUGGUCCGCUCACUGUAUAGCCACAUCUUCAACAGCAUACCUCCUCCUCCUCCUCCUCCUCCUCCUCCUCCUCCUCCUCCGCCCUCUCAGCCGCCUCUCAACUUGAAAUCAAGCCAUGCUGCAUUGAUUUUUUCUCUCUCUCCCCGCUCGCCGCAAAACCAAAGCGCACACGACCGUCUCAUCCUUUCCCGGCUUGUCAGUUUUGUUUCCUGAAAGGUUAGACGUGCUGCGGUGUUGAUUUUCCACAUCACGUCGGAAGGACGAAGGACGUCCAGCGGCAGCGGCGGCAGCGCCGAGGUCAGAAUUCAGGUCUUACAGAAAUUCAACCGCCGGAGACUUGAGUGGAAUCUUUGGGACGAGAACAAAACAAAUCUCAUUCAUGAGAAAUCGUCUGGAAUCUGAGCCGAGUUUAAAUGUAUGUUCUCCUGAACCUUGAAGACAUUUCUCUGCUUAUAAAGUGAGACUUUUCACCUCGAUGGGACUGAACGACAGCAGCCCGGGCGCCAUGCGGAACGGCCGCGGCCUCUCGGACCAGUGGGCCGAGUCGGUGGUGGUCCGGCCUCGAACCACCGAGCGCCACAUCACGGUGCACAAGCGCCUGGUGCUGGGCUUCGCCCUGUCCAUCCUCACGCUCAUCGUCGUGACGGCGGUGGCCGUGGUGCUCAGCGUCCGCUUCGAGGAGUGCGGCGAGCAGAGUCGCGACGGCGGCGCAGCCGGGGAGCCGGGUUCCCGGGGUUCCGGAGGGUCGGCGAGGUUGAACGGGAGCCGGGGGGAGAGGACGGGGGAGAGGGGCGACGAGGAGGCGGCCCAGCCGUGGAGGAACUCGCGGCUGCCGGGCACGCUGAGGCCGCGGCACUACGACCUGCGGCUCGCCGUCCACAUGGACAACUUCACCUUCUCCGGAGAGGUCAGCAUCGAGCUGGAGUGCAUCAACGCCACGAGAUUCAUCGUGCUGCACGCGGAUCGCCUCGAGGUGGACCGGGUGUCCGUUUCCUCGGAGGGUGGCGGCGGCGGCGGUCGCUCUUCCAACCGUCCCGGUGGCGGAGUCAUGCGCGUCCACCGCCACUUCCCCUUCCCGGCCAAUCAGAUGUACGUGGUGGUGCUGCACCGCGAGCUGAAGCCGAUGAGGACGUACCGGCUCAACGUGAGCUUCGACGCCGCCAUCGAGGACGAGCUGCUCGGAUUCUUCCGGAGCUCGUACAUGAUGAACCGGGAGAGACGUUACCUGGCCGUGACCCAGUUCAGUCCCAUCCACGCCCGGAAGGCGUUCCCCUGCUUCGACGAGCCCGUCUACAAGGCCACGUUCUCCCUGGCGCUGCGCCACGACGCGCAGUACACCUCGCUGUCCAACAUGCCCGUGGAGAGCAGCUCGCUGGAGGACGAGGACGGCUGGCUGACCAACCGCUUCGCCCGGACGCCGCGCAUGUCCACGUACUACCUGGCCUGGGCCGUGUGCAACUUCACCUACAGGGAGACGCAGACGGACGGCGGCGUGACGAUCCGUCUGUACGCCCGGCCGGACGCCAUCUCGAGCGGCGCCGGCGACUACGCCCUCCACAUCACCAAGAGGCUUCUGGGAUUCUACCAGGACUACUUCAAGGUCCAGUACUCGCUGCCCAAACUCGACUUGUUGGCGGUGCCCAAACAUCCGUACGCCGCCAUGGAGAACUGGGGCCUGAGCGUCUUCGUGGAGCAGAAGAUCCUGCUGGACGCCGAGGUGUCGUCCUCGUCCUAUCAGAUGGAGCUCACCAUGGUGGUCGUCCACGAGAUCUGCCACCAGUGGUUCGGUGACCUGGUGACUCCGGUGUGGUGGGAGGAUGUCUGGCUGAAGGAAGGCUUCGCUCACUUCUUCGAGUACGUCGGCACCGACUUCCUCUUCCCCAAGUGGAACAUGGAGAAGCAGCGCUUCCUGACCGACGUCCUCCACGAGGUGAUGCUAUUGGACGGCCUGAGCUCCUCCCACCCGAUCUCCCAGGAGGUGGAGCAAGCGACGGACAUCAACCGAGUCUUCGACUGGAUCGCCUACAAGAAGGGGGCGGCGCUGAUCCGGAUGCUGGCCAACGUGAUGGGACAGCCGCUGUUCCAGAAGGGCCUCAACGACUACCUGCUGAGUCACAUGUACAGCAACGCCGCCAGAGACGACCUGUGGAGCAAACUGUCGCAGGCCAUGCGUUCAGAGGGGCGGGACAUCAACAUCGGGGAGAUGAUGGACAGGUGGACGCUGCAGAUGGGCUACCCCGUCGUCACCAUCAGCAAGAACCAGUCGGAGCAGCUGCCCACCCAUUACAUCACCGUCAGCCAGGAGCACUUCCUGUACGCACAGGAAGUGAGGGGCAACAACAGUUUACAGUGGCAGGUCCCGCUGACGGUCGCCGUGGGAAACGAGUCGGCGUUGAGUGCAGAGCGACUCAUCUGGAUCAACAACAAGACAGAGACCCACCGGGUCGGUCAGAUGGACGACAGCACCUGGUUGCUGGGCAACAUAAACCAGACGGGCUACUUCCGCGUGAACUACGACCUCCAGAACUGGAAGCUGCUGAUCCAGCAGCUCCACACCAGCCCUCAGAUCAUCUCGGUUGGAAACAGGGCGGGGCUUAUAGAUGACGCCUUCAACCUGGCCAGGGCCGGGUACCUCCCCCAGGGCAUUCCCUUGCAGCUGAUUGGCUAUCUGCCCGAAGAGACGUCCUUCCUGCCGUGGCACGCCGCCAGCCGGGCGCUCUACCAGCUGGACAAACUGCUGGACCGCACGGAAGAGUACAGCCUGUUCAGUGACUACGUGUUGAAGCAGGUUGCAUCGCGGUACCACCAGAUGGGUUGGCCAACAAAUGGCCCCGGCAACGAGGGCAACAUCCUGCAGGCGUCCUACCAGACUGAGGAGCUGCAGCGGGAGCUCAUCAUGUUAGCGUGUAGCUUCGGGAACAAGCAGUGCCACCGUCAGGCCGUCGCCUACAUCUCCGACUGGAUCUCCAGCAACAAGAACAGGAUUCCUCCGAACAUCAGGGACAUUGUCUACUGCACCGGCGUCAGCCUGAUGGACGAGGACGUGUGGGAGUUCAUCUGGAUGAAGUUCCACUCCACCGGCGCCAUUUCGGAGAAGAAGAUCCUGCUGGAGGCUCUGACCUGCUCCGACAACACCUUCCUCCUCAACAGGUUACUGAGCCUGUCUGUCUCUCCUAGGUUACUGAACCUGUCCCUGAGCUCAGACCUGGUGCCCGAGCAGGACGUGAUCGACGUCAUCAUCCACGUGGGCCGGAACCCGCAGGGGCGGAGCCUCGCCUGGAGAUACUUCAGGGAGAAGUGGGACGUCCUCAACGCGCGGUACGGCGAAGCGUUGUUCAUGAACUCGAAGCUCAUCAGUGGCGUCACGGAGUUCCUGAACACGGAGAGAGAACUCAACGAGUUAAAGGAGUUCAUCCAAUCCAGCGGCGUGGGGGCGGGGCCCGCUUUGCCGCGGGCGCUGGAGAUCGUCGAGGGCAACGUGCGCUGGCACCGCCUCCACCGGCGGCAGUUCUACCAGUGGCUGCGCAAACCUCCGAGCGCCGUCCUCGGCUAACGCGACGCCUGCUAGCUAGCUCGAAGUGACGCGACUGCACGCUGACUGCUGAGCUCAUGCUAACGCACUGCUAGCUUACCGAUGCAGUCGGAAUGAAAAAACGUUUUUAAAAAGUGACUGAAGAGAAAGACUGACCUGACCUGGUUAUUCAGCUGCUUUAUGUUAAGACUUUUUAUUUGAGACAGACUUUUGACUGAUGCGGUUAAACUGGUUUUCAAUGUAAAAAAUACUAAAGCUAGCAGAUAGCUAGCAGUCGCUGAUUCAGUCAUAACUAGCUAACGGCUAGCUUCAAAAUCCCUCUCCCUAAAGCGGCUGUCAGAUUAACAACAAAUAGCCAACAACGAUUUAAGAAAACUUAUGAAUUCAUAUCAAAACAGAUAAAUUUGUCAAACUUUUAACUUUUAAACUCAUAUAUUUUAUUCCUUGUACAACAAGAUAUAGCAUUAAAUGCCUCCUGCACAAAGUGAUGUGUCUUACAGAAUGUUAAUCUGUAAAACAUUUUUUUUCAAUAUUAAAUAAAUUAUGAUUAUAAUUAUCGCAGUCACAAUAUGGAAAUUCUUGAAUUGGCAAACGUAACAGAAGUUGCUAAAGUUGUUUAAUGGUCUAUCUAUGGUCAAAUCUGGUUUUCAGAGGUUUUCUGCUGACAGGAUAUUAUAAAACUCAAAAGCACAAACAAAACAACAAUAUGAUGCAGAUGUUUUUUAUGAACCCAGUUGCAUCUGUGCGUUCAGCCAAAAUGCCCCCGAGCAAGGCAGCGAACUGCAGCCUCGCGUGUCUGAGCUCAGGGUCUGAAAACCGGAACGUUUGUUGUCAAAUUCUACAUUGAUAUUUGUCAUUUUCCUGAUCUUGAGUAACCAGAGACUGAGAACAGCUUGAGUCAGACCUUGUAAAGGCAGAUUUCCCAUCCGACAGCUGCCUGUCAAUCAUUCCUCGGAGCUGUAAUUAACACGACAUGGACCCGUUGUCCUGUGAUCACAGCUCAACAACACGACUCACUCACUCAUUAACCUUCAGCAGCUCCAGUCGGGAUUUAAACAGCAGCUUCACGUUGUUGUUGUUUUUUUCAAGAUCAAAAAACUGCUGCGGUUCGAAAAAAUAUCAGAGGCUUUUGUUGGAGCCUCGCUUCAGAAAUGUACUUUGAAUAUAAUAGCUCACAAUUAUACUUCAACAUUUAUCUCUAAACCGCAGAGGGACACCACAUGUAGACGGAACAUUUUUUUCCACUGAAGAGCCGUUUUUAACAAAACCGAGCUGGAAAAAACAUUUGAGGGAAGUGAAAACAAAUUGACCAGACAAAUUUCAAAUGACAGGCGAGGAUGGGAACGUAGCAGAGCCUGAAUCUGAAAUGAGGUUAAAGCAGUAAACUUGAAAUGGAAACGUUUGGCAGCCCUUUACAGAACAAAUGAAAGCUGCAAUUUUAUAUUUUCCAGCCUCUCGUGGAACAGUAUAUAAAUCUUUAAAUUGGAAUAAUCUUACCUCGUAUUAAGUGGAAAGACAUUUUAUCAGUAUUGAAAUGCAAAACAGUGAAUCACCUCUAAGGGGAAAAGUACAAAAGUGCAGCAGAAGCCGAACAAAUCAGUGAAACUGAAGAUCCAAACUCCUCUUUUAGUCAUAAAUUCAGUAGCCGUUUUUUAAAUGGCUAAAGUGCACAACUGUCAAAAGAGGCUAAAUGUCCAUUUAGUUUAAAAGAUAAAAAGACAUUAUUUAUCUUGACAUUAUUUAUUUUUUCUUCCCCUAACAAGUUCAUAUUCCACUGGUACAAUUCAUCGGUAGAAGAGCAAAGCUGCUGUUAAUCAGAAGUAGGGAAGGAUUCUGGAUCACAGCAUCACUCCCGACUCCACACACAUAAAAUCCGUCAGCCAAUGAAGUUUUUCUCCUUAUUUAGUGACCUCGUAAAAAGCCUGACAGCGACUCCUGAGAGAGGGACUAAUUUGACGAAGGACCUGACAGAUGGAUGAGGCCGAGCAGAGAAAGUUUCUUUGUGUGAGGAAAAAAAGUAAGAGGAGUCAGGGGACUGGACAUGACGUGACGACCUCUCUGACUGAGGGCAAACCUUGGAAAUCAAAGCCUCGACCAAAUAAAAAGAGACAAACCGGAAAGGUUGGUUGAAACACGUCGUCUGCUGGAGAGGAACUAAAGCCACAACAAGGAUUUAAGCUAAUCUGUGUUUAGCUACAAUCGACGAAAAACUGAGCAGACUUUAAAGGGACGGAAAAUUAAAAAUUGGGGCGAGGAAACUGCCGACACGGCAACUGAGGCGAUGUGGUUGAAUGCCGCUAUACGCAGACGAUGCCGCUUUUUACGUGAGACCCAGAUUCAAGCUCAUCAUCGGUGAACUUUUACGGACGGAGCAAAUGUUAAGAGUCCAGUGAAGUUCAAAGCCUCGCAGACUGUACGUGGCUUUGAAUUUUUACAGCAUGGCGGCUUCUACGUACGACAGAAUCUUGUGGAGUUGUUUGCGGAGCGGCAAAUCUGCUGCGACGGAUAUAACAUUCAGAAGUUCUACAAACCAGACUGACUCCAAAGUCGGACACUUCAUUAUUGCAGCGUUUGUGACGGAAACUGUGGUGAACUCGAGUCUUACGGAUUCUACACCACGUGGAUUUUCUCCAGGGUGUGGAUUUUCUUCUUUCCCCCUCAGAACAUGAAUAAUGUUGGAAUAACUGCUGAGCAUUUUGUCCAAAUGACUCACGAUGAACUUUUGGAACAGUCGUGGAAUCUCUGUACUGUCGAACAGACUUUCAUAAGUUUACUCCUCGUCUGUUCGAUCCGACUUCGAUGUUAAUAACUGAGCCAUAUAUGAAUUAAUGGGGCCUGUCCGCUUCUCACACACUGUGUCCAGUGGUAUGUGUGUGAGUGUGUGUGUGUGUGUGACGAAGAUGAUGAUGAUGACAGUGUCUGUCAUGAUGAUUAAAAUUUGUUGUGAUUAUGAUCAGGACCGAGGCUGAUGAUUGGUUGAUCUGAUGAUAAUUUCCGAGUCGGCGAUGAUCCUUGUUGACGAUGUGAAAAGUCUAAUCAGUAUUAUUAUAAUUAUUAUGCUAAUUAUUCCGUGCAUUUUGAAAAUUUAUAGCCCCAGAAGGGGAAAUUUGGUUUUUACAGACGCCAAAAAAUCUGCCCCGAUGUACAAUAAACACUGUAAAUGACACAGACGUGAUAUUUAAAAUCAAAAUGUUGGGAUUUGAAGAUGUUGAGGAAGAUGAUGAUCGUAAUGACCACGGAGAUGAUGGGGUAACGAUUAUGAUAAUGAUGACUUUGGGACCAAAAUAUGACAGAAACAGGAAGGUGCAGAUACGAGUUUAAUCCUACUUCCUGUUUGCCCUGCUGUGGUUUCCUGUAUUUUCUGAAUGGACAAUUAUUAAAAUGGUUAAUCUUG